GCAUCCACCAUCGACCUCCGACCGCCGAUCCUCCCGCAGCAUGGUCCUGAUCGAGCUCGAGGCUGCCUUUGAGGACACCCCGGUCUUCCGCGCCGCCGUCAGGGACGCCCGCGCCAGCGUCGACUACACCGAUGCGUCUCUGUCGCUGCUUGUCGACCUGGCUUCCCAGCUCGAUGCUCUCUCAAACGAUUACCUCAAAAAGUCAAAGGAGUUUGCCUCGCUUCUCAAGCGGAUCUCGCAGGCCAAGGCCAUGGACGAGCGCCAGGCCGCCAUCUAUGUCAAAUACUGUGAUGCUCUGCAGGAGGUUGAACGCAAUAGAAUGAUACUGUCCUCCAACCUCAACGCUGUGUUUCUGGAACCCAUCAAGGACUUUCUGGCCACCGAGAUUCCUCCGCUCAAGAAAAGUCACAAGAGCAACACACAAGCCCGCGACGCCUACUCGAGCUCCGCAUGGAAGUUCAUGGCUAAGAAGGCGCAAGAACCUGGAAUCGAAGAGCUCGCCUUGGAAAUGGCCAUGAACCGACGUCUCGUCCACGAGACCAGCAUAGAUUACUGCUCCAAGCUCAACGACUACAACAAAAAGAUGCCCAUGAUCUUUUCAGAGUCGAUUGUCGGAUACAUAUACUCGCAACUCUCCUUUUCGCAUCAGAGCUACGACACCUUGAAAGAACUCGAGCCAAGCAUGCAUGAGAUGAAUGACUAUGUUGGAAAGGUGCGACAAAAGUACGCAGAAGACAAGACGCGCGAGAACACCGAUAUCUAUCUGCAAAUUAUCCCGCCAUCGGAGUACAAUCCGCAGACAUCCUAUGUCCGCGCAAAGCGCACAGAGAUCAAGAAGAGCGGCUAUCUGUACACCAACCAUACCCCCGGGCGAAAGUGGUUCACUUGGGGCUGGAAGUACUAUUCCCUGCUCGACAACAUCCUCACGAUCACCAACGAUAAGGACGAGGAGACCAUCAUCGACCUGAGAAUCUGCACUGUGAAGGAAAAUCAAAAGAGCGAGCGGCGCAAUAGCUUUGAUUUGAUCACACCGCAGGAGUCGUACACUCUGCAGGCUCCCAACCAAAGUGACAUGGAAGACUGGAUCGCGGUCAUUCAGAGAGGCAUCACAUGCGCCUUCAACGGAGGCUCGGCGAACUCAUCGCUCUCGAGCCUCGGAACCCACGUCAGCGCCGAGUCUCUUCAGCCCUUCAAUGAGUUUUUGGAGCGAGUUCGCGCAGUCGAAGCCAAUACUCUGUGUGCCGACUGUGGCUCGUCCGUUGACGUGGAAUGGGCCAGUGUCAACCUCGGGAUUAUCCUGUGCAUAUCGUGCUCCGGUAUCCACCGCGGACUCGGCACGCAUUUGUCAAAGAUCAAGGGUCUGCGGCUCGACAAGUGGGAGCCUGAGGCCCAAGAGCUGCUGCUGCGGCUCGGUAACGAGCGGGUUAACCCGAUCUUUGAGCGAGACGAACAAGCGGUGCACGAUAUGAAGCCGUCCAUGCACUCGGAUCGUGCCGCGCGACUCACAUGGUGUCUCCGCAAGUAUGUGAACAAGGAGUUCAUCCAUACCAAGAACGACAUAUCCGAGUUUGUCGAGAACCCGGUGCAUCUGAGAAUCAAUCGUGCCGUCAGGGAGGGCAAUGCGCUCGAAGUGCUCAACUGCAUCGUCCACGGCGCCGACGUCAACGAAGUCGAUCUUGCCGGCGACUCCCUGCUGCACUAUGCCGUUACGGCCAAUGACCGAGGAAUGUGUGAGCUGCUUCUGCACUACCAAGCCAAGAUCAACCAACCCAACGGUCGCGGCCAGACUCCGCUGCACUUGGCUGCCUUGGCCGGCAACGUUGGGAUCGUCACUCAACUACUCCGCAGAGGGGCAUCGCAUGCGGCUGUUGACAAGGAUGGAGAGACACCCCUCACCCUCGCGGCGAGCAAAGGAACGGAGGGUGAAGACUAUGUAAAGAUCAUUACGUUGCUCAAGCUUGUCAGUCUAAACCACGAGAACCAGGACCUCAACCAGCCCCCGAACCUCGGCAUCGAAGAAAUCCUGAACCAUCUCAACUCCAGCUCGCCUGAUGUCACCAGCAGCAGCAGCAGCAGUAGCAGCAACAUUGGCCCUGGCAAUGGCAAGCCACGAUCCGGGCCGGGCAAGCGCCCACCAUCGGCCAGCGGCAGGAGCACCCCCGAUUCACGCUAUGUCUGGGACAUGGAGGACACGGCCUCUCCCUGGGCUUCGUAAAGGCGGGGGGGCAGUUUGUGUUCGUGGAGAGCACCAAAACGAAGCGGGACACUGUGUUCUGAGGGGUGUCGUAUUGUUCUGGGUCCUGAAUACACCCCGCAUCGCGACAUCAAUACCGCACAGA